AUGUCAGCCCUUGUGGACUAUAUCACUCGAAUAAGGGCAGCUCGUCAGGUCUCGAUCUCAACUCCACUGUCGAUCGGUCUUUGCGGGGUCGUCUCUUUUGGCCUUCUUUGUAAAUUCAAUGCUUACCUAUCAAGGCGUGCGUUGAAUAGCCCCGUGGAUAAAGAUUCAUGGGACUGGGAUAAAGAGAUUGUGGUGGUGACUGGGGGCUCCAGUGGUAUUGGGGCCGCUAUUGUUCGUGUUUUUGCCGGACAGGGUAUUAAAACGAUCAGUCUGGAUAUUUGCAGGCCCCAUCCAGAUGCCGAAACAGAGAAUGCGUUUUUCUAUUCAGUCGCUUUAACGGAGGUGGAUCAUAUCGAAAAAGUCGUUUCGCGCAUUCGAUCGGAGCAUGGUGACCCCACGGUUCUGAUAAACAAUGCUGGAGUGCAGUCAAAUAAGCCUAUCCUUGAGCUUACUCACGACCGGAUUCACUCAGUAUUUGAUUUGAAUAUCAUUUCCGAUUUUCUCCUUGUCAAGGAAUUCCUUCCGGCGAUGAUAUCGAAUAACCAUGGACAUAUCGUGACGGUUGCCAGCCUCGCCUCAUUCACAACACGGGCCGUUAAUGUCGAUUAUGCGUGCACCAAAGCCGCUGCUCUUGCGUUUCAUGAGGGCCUUGGGCAGGAGCUUCGACAUAUCUAUCACGCGCCAGGGGUUCGCACAACUAUUAUCCAUCCCGGUUGGGUCAGAACCCCGAUGAUUGAAAAGCUUUUGCAAAGUGGAGCUCUCAAGGGCCAUCUUCUCGAGCCUGAAGAAGUUGCAGAGGCUAUAUUGAAGCAGCUUCGGUCAACUUCUGGCGCUCAAUUAUUUUUGCCGUCUAGCUUCUGGAUAGUUUCACUCCUGAGAAGCACUCCAUCUUGGAUUCAGGAGCGGGUCCGGGACUUAUUGACCACCAGUCGAGGAUACAAUCACAAUUAA